AUGAGGAACAACAAUCAAGAGCAAAAUGGAGAGGUGAAGGAAGAAAUGCAAGGAGUGGAUGAAGAGGAAACCUACAUGGCCCAAAACCUCACUUUUGGCCCACUUUUCAUGGAUGGAGAUGCACACAACCAUCCUAACCCUUCAAUGAACAUGGAAGAUGACUUCCUCAACAACCUUUGGGCCGACGGACCGGCCCAUACCUUGACCAACGCGAUCGGCCCACCGGCAUCGGUCGCGGCCGAAAACGGGGGGGUAAACGAAGAAUUCGCCGCGAAUGAAAUGGGCCUAGAUAAUUCCGAGACCCUCGAGGAUUUCCUCCAAAAGGCCGGCGUACUUCCGCCGGGGCCCACUUCAAAUGGGCCCACCAUUCGACCCUAUGGCCCACCUCAAGUCCCUCUCCUACGGGCCGAUGGGAUUCCGCCGUGGCCCACUUCAAAUGGGCCCACCAUUCCACCCUAUGGCCCACCUCAAGCCCCUCUUCAACUGCCGGGGACCACUUCAAAUGGGCCCACCAUUCGACCCUAUGGCCCACCUCAAGUCCCUCUCCUACGGGCCGGUGCGCCUCCGUCGGGGCCUGCCUUUCAGCCAUACCACCCACCUCCGACCCCUCGGCUCAAUCUUGAGCCUCCGAGCGUUGAGAUGGCGGUGGCCCGAGGGGGCCAAAUUAAUAACAGGCCCACUUUAAAUGGGCCCACUGUUCAACCACCGUACGGGCCGUCUCGGGUUCCUUGUACCGGGCUGCAAAACGCACAAAUGGCGGGCCACGGCCCACUCCCCGAGGCCCGCAAUUUGAACUCGGCGGGAGUUGGAUAUGGUGGCCAAACUAUUGCAGCAGGCAACACCAGCAGCAUUGGCUACCCAUACAAUGGUAGUAUAGGAGUUGGAUUCGGAGGCUUUACUUGCGAUCCUCCGGAGGUCGCGGGGGUUAGGGUGGGCUCCUCGGUGGUGGCGGCGGGGCCUACGGAGGGGAUGGGGGGUUCAGGGGACCGAGGCAAACGGCUGGUGUACGAGCUUGAGGAGGUCGUGGCGGAGCGGCGGACAAGGAGGAAGGUCAAGAAUAGAGAGUCUGCUGCUCGGUCCCGCGCAAGGAAACAAGCCUAUGUGAUUACGAUGGAGGCCGAGCGCGAUCGCCUGCAAGGAGAGAAUAGUCGCCUUCGACUCCGCGAACAGAGGCUCCUGAAGGAGAAGCCAGAGGAGGCGGGGCCGUCGACUGUCCGGCGUUGCAAGAGCUGCUCCUGGUGACUGCAGAAGAAACCUGCUCGCCGCCACCAAGUCACCAACCGACCAAUGACCACCGACCGCCGCCUGUGCCGUUCCGCGCCUCAGUCCCUCUGUUAGAAAAAGGGAAAAGAGAAGGAUAAAGAAGAAAAAAACAGCUCUUUAUAAUGAUAUGUAUAAUCGUAAUAACUUAGUAAUGACUUAUUACUAGUAUCUAGCUUGUGUUUUCGUUGGUUAAAUUCUUGCUAUUUAUAUGCAUGAUGGUGAUUUUAGUUCCUUUUGAC